AUGAUGAACCACCCUGUUCAGCCUCCCACGUUCAUCUACCGUGACCUGAUACCUAUUCCAGACAUAGUGUGGGACGAAGACGAUGUCGACCUCAACGAUUCAUAUGCUCUAGAGCGCCUCAUGCUGAAGCGGAUGGUCGACUGA